AACCGGGCCUGUGUCAUACCUCGUGUGCGUGGGGGAUUAUGGAGUUGUUUAGCUGCUGCAACAGAGAAGUUUAAUUUGUGUGCAUGAUUUGUUUACUAUACUAAGCAAUCAAUGCAGAUACUGUAUCACAGCUAGUACAGUAGUUUAUUCUUUAUGGCGCCAGAACGCUGUGUACGGAUUGUAUUGUUACAGUAACGCGCUGUGUCGCUGCUACUUGCUAAAUAAGUCAAGUGCUGACUGAAUAACAAAGAGAGGCUCCCAAUAUUAUUCAUAAUAAAAGCGUGAAUACAGAAAGGAUAUCAGUCUCAAGCUAACAGUCAGUGAAGAUGGACGUCAGCGUCUCCGUGUCGUUCUUUCAAGACGAGCUCGCCUCUACCAUCGAGCACGCAGUGAAAGCGGCUGUAGACACCGUCUUGUGCCAAAUCACAAAAGUUGUCGGCGGCAAAUUCACUGAAUUCCGAAUGGAAAUGGCUGGAAAGGAGAAAGAGAAUGAAAGUCUGAAGCUGAGAUUGGAAAUAUCAGAGAGCGAGUUGAAAGCAGUGCGGGAAUGCAUGAACGCUGCAGAUGCAGACAUUAAACAACCUCUCAGAAACAUGAACCCCGACUGCAAUGAACAAGACUUUCAGAGGAACGAGAACCAGGGAUUAUUCAUCAGAGUUCAAGAUAAUACAGAGAGGCAGACUUUCACUGAAGCCAAUGAGGGGCUAGACACUGUUUACACACAAGAGGGGAUCUUUGAUCAUGAACAGCGUGCAAGUUUAAUGCAGGUUACACAGCAGACGUCUUUGGAAGGUAAAGAAGCCCCAAGACUUGAGUCUGUCCACAUUAAAGAGGAGGCACCUGAACUGGAGCCUGUCCACAUUAAAGACGAGGCCUAUGAAUUUGAACUCGUCCACAUUAAAGAAGAGGCACCUGAACUGGAACCUGUCCCCAUUACAGGGAAAGUUUCUAAAGAAAAUAAAGUCAAUAUACUGGAGGACAAUGUAGUUCAGCUGGGCUCUAGUCAUUGUGUUUAUUGUCCACCUGAAUUGGUCCACAUGAAACACAAUCAGUCUGUCUCUGAAGACGCUUGUUCUAGUGUUGGAGAAGAGGGCACUGUGCUGGGGUCCAUUCAGGUGGAACGUCACACCCCAGAAGAUGGAAAGGAGGAAGGAGCAAUGCCAUGCACUAGCAGCACAACAUUAGAUAGAGGAAGACACAACUUCACUCCAGCACCCCCUUCUGAUGGCAAAAUGCAGCAUAAGAAACACAGAGAGUCUUCAUCGCAAGAUGAAUAUGUGAAGAAACUGAGAACUCGCUCAGUUCAAAAUCUUUCUGUACAAGAUAGCAGACCACUUACACUGGGUUAUAGAUUGACUCUACAUCCUGAGGGUGUUAACAAUUCUGCAACCCAGGGCAACUUCAUUCCCCUACAAACUCCCCAGCAGAUUCCUUCAGAGCAGAUCUUGUAUCAAUGUGGCACCAAUUUCAGUGACCUGGGAAACCUGAAAGCACACCAACAGAUUCACAAAGAACAGAAACCCCAUCACUGUACUGAAUGUGGAAAAAGCUUCAGAUGGGUAGGUGGGCUUACAACUCACCAGCGUAUUCACACAGGAGAGAAACCCUAUCUGUGUACUGAGUGUGGGAAGAGUUUUAUUCAGAAAUGUAACCUUCACUCACACCAGCGAAUUCACACUGGAGCGAAACCAUAUCUAUGUCCUCAAUGUGGGAAGAGUUUCAGUUGGAGAAACUACUUUAGAAUACACCUCAGAAUCCACACAGGAGAGAAACCUUUUGAGUGUGCUGAGUGUGGGAAGAGAUUUGUAGGGUCAAAUUAUCUAAAGAGACACCGUCGAGUUCACAGAGAUUUAGUCCGUUAGGACACUUAAAAAAAAAAAAAAAAAAAAAAAUUAUAUAUAUAUAUAUAUAUAUAUAUAUAUAUAUAAAAAUAAAUAAAAUAUAUUCAGUUUACAGAAUGAAAGCACCUCAAUCACACCAGAAUACCAACACAGACCCAUGUGUAUGCAAAUUAUUAUAGCCCUGUGAUCUACAGCACCUAUAUAAUGUAAGAGCAGUGUGUGAAUCAUGGAAAUGCAGCAGGAUGAUGGUUAUUAUUCAAGGAGCAGGUGUCCCUGUAACUGGCUUAUUCCAAUGCAUUGACCGACGUGCCUAUCAGCACAGUGCUGGGAGUUCAUGGAAGAUUUGCAGAAAGACAUCAGCAGGAAGCUAUAACUGCAGCAUACAGACCUGUGUCAUGCAUUGUGAUAAGUAGGGCACUGCGUUUUACAUGACUUUGUUUUUUAACCUGUAAUUUAGUCCUAAAGACACAAGAUGUCGAUAUUACCUCCACUGUAAGCCACAUAAUGAGAAAUCAUUAAACAGUCAUCUCAUUAUGCUACUUUAACCAUUUUAAUUUGUCAUGCCAUUACUGCAAAGUAUGUAUUUGCAGAUUAAUAAUCAGAAUGGUGUAGAUGGCUACUGAUAUGUACUCAUAUCUGAGCAUCAAAAGAAACGUAUCACUUAUAUGUGGAUAGAAUUUACUAGAUAUGAUCGAAAAAUGACAAACUCUGUUUUAGAGCAGGUGCAGUGACUUUUUAUUGUGCUGAUUUAACAAUUGACAUCACGAAGGUGCUGCAAAAUGAUCUGUCGAUCUUGGGCAGGUGUUGACUCUUGGUCUCCCAGUUCGUGGCCUGUUGUUGACAGAGUGUGUCUGGUUAUACCGUCUCGUCAGAUUUGAAAUUGCUCGCUGUGAGCACCCAAGACGACGAGCCACGGCACGCUGCCCUAGUCCAGCCUCCAACAUGCCGAUCGCACGAAGGCGCUGCUCUCUUGACAGACGUGGCAUAUUGUUUUUUUUCUGUGAUUUUCUUUAUUGCUUUUAUUGAAGCUUGCAAUUCAACAGCUGAAAUCACUCCAUAUCAGUGAUGUAGUCAAGACCAAACCUACCGAGACCAAGAACAAGACCUAACGUACUGAGACCUUCUUCUGCUUCUACUUUUGUAUAAAAAGCGCUAUAUAAAUGCAAUAAAUAUAUACAGUACUCCCUCACUAUAAGGCUCUCGGUUAUAACGUGUCUCAGAUAUAACGCUCCUACAGCAGGUCCUCCAAUUCCCUAUACUAGGAUUCAUGCAAUAUUGCUACAGUAAAUACAGUACCGGUGUUGUUCAAACUGUAAACAACUGCUCAAUCCAACUUCCGUUUCUGUUUCUCCCUUUUGAUGAAGUAUCUGAACUAAAGACAAGCUGCGCUGGCACUUUAUAACACAGACAUCUUAUUCAGCAUACGUUUUAUAACUAAAUAAAUAUCAGGUCUAUUACGUAGUUAUCUUUCCUAAUGUAUUUACUUUUUUGCUGCGAGAGGAGCUGCAGCUUUCUCCGGGAGACGAGGCGCUUCAGCCCCGUUCCGGCACCCGAACCUGGGGCGAGCCCAUUCCCUCUUCCCCUCUCCCGACCCGCUCUCCUUCUCGCACUUCGAACUGAACUCCUGACCACCAUUUAACCAUGCUAUUUAUAGUUUAAAAACUGCUAAUUAAAUUCUACGAGUGGGAAUGUUACCUUUUGUUCUUUAUUUUUUGUAAGAAGUAUAGCGUUGAUUACAUGGUGCUUUAUGCAUGGUUAAUUCACAGAAAGUUACAUUUUUGCUUCACUAUAUUUGUGCAUUAUAGAGAGGUAGUUAUUUUAUUUUGUGUUUUAGUCAGAUGUGUGUUGUGUUGUGUCCCGCAGCUCCCUCACCGCCUCCCCCGUUUAUAAUGCUCUUCGGUUAUAACGCUCAUAUAUGCUGAGAUAUUGAGUUGUAUCGUUUUUCUGCUGAGAUGUUGGGUUGUGUUGUUUUUCUGCUGAGAUAUUGAGUUGUGUUGUUUUUCUCUAGAUCUGCCUUUGACUUCUUCUUUCCAUUCAUGUGACAUUAUGACCUCUGCCAACCUCACCUACUUCCUAUAUGUAUAGAUGUUGAGUAGUUGGGUUGGCAGAAGUUAAUGUUCACAUUGUCACAUGAUUUGAAUGGAACAAGGAAGUGCACUAAUAGGGCUCUGGACUCUUGACCGGAGGGGUCGUGGGUUCAAUCCCAGGUGGGGGACACUGCUGCUGUACCCUUGAGCAAGGUACUUUACCUAGAUUGCUCCAGUAAAAACCCAACUGUAUAAAUGGGUAAUUGUAUGUAAAAAUAAUGCGAUAUUUUGUAACAAUUGUAAGUCGCCCUGGAUAAGGGCGUCUGCUAAGAAAUAAAUAAUAAUAAUAAUUCAGUACCGGAGGGAAAUGUAAAACAAAAAGCAACUCGAAUUUUAUUCAAAGCGACUUGCUCUUUGUGCCAGGGUAAAUUAGGGAUUUAUAAAUGCACUAUGUAAAAAACAAAAUUGGCCAACAAUGUAUAUGUGACUUGGUAGCCAUACCUAGGCCAAUGCUGCCAUCUUGUGGCAUUGCGGAAAUAAAAAAAGAUAAAAAAAAGGUGCUAUUGGUAGUUGUGACGUGGAUGAGUGUAACUGUGUAAAAUACCAAUUUCUGUAUCACAUAUGAUACAAUGCUUAGCCACCCCUCUAUAUUAUUUUAAAUCCAGCCUCACGCCAGAAUUUUUCAGGGAAAAAAAGUGUUUUGUACAAGAAACAGAAUCUUGGUUCCAUAAAUAAAGUAGCUUUUCUCACUGGACAUGUGCAGUGACUAAAUUACAAGCAAGACUGCUUUAACAACAGGAGAAAUGUGAUGCUGUGUCCAAAAUGGGUUAAACCGGGCGAGGCCAAUGCUGGCCCUUCCAGUCCUGGUCAUUCUUUUAACCCUGUUCUGAAUUGUUUAAUCAAACAAAUGAAACCUCCAUCCAGACCUUGAAGUGGUUCAUUAUCUAAUUUCACCUGUUAAACCUGGAGUGAAAUGGCCCUCCAGGAACGUGAUUGGAUACCCUUGUUUUAAACUAUAACCAGUGAUAAUCCAGUAUAAUACCCAAUAGCUGCUUUAAAAAAUGACUAUCUGUGUUAUAACUCUCUGGGUUAAACUUCAUGGCUGGGUCUCUUUCUGCCAGCAGUCUCUCUCUCUCUCUCUCUCUCUCUCUCUCUCUCUCUCUCUCUCUCUCUCUGUCUCUCUGUCUCUCUGUCUCUCUGUCUCUCUCUCUCUCUCUCUCUCUCUCUCUCUCUCAAAUUCAAAUUCAAAGGUGCUUUAUUGGCAUGACCAUUAUUCACAGUAUUGCCAAAGCAAUGUAUACACAGUACAUCAUCUGAACAUUAAAUAGACAAUAACACUGAUGAGAAUAAUAAUGAUAAUAAUAAUGGUAAACAAAUAUAAAUAAUAACCACGUUAUUAAUAAGUUAACAAUAACAACAAUGAAAUAUAACAAGAUUUGAACUAAUGUAGAGUGCUCACUGUUUGUCCCUCAGGCUGUGACAGGCGGCUGUGUACUGGGCUGCCAGUUGGACACAGCUGGACUCCUCUCCGAGGAGGAUUGGGAGUUUUUGAGAGUCUGGCAGGUCUGGGAAUGUUUUGCAGAGAUUUUUUAUUUGUGGGAAGAAAGUUUCCCUUAUUUCUCUGUAUUUUGUACACUGCAGUAGAAAGUGCAUCUCUGUCUCUACUUGUUGGAGUUGACAGUGAUGACACAGCUGGUCCUCUUUGGGCAGCCAGGUCUGCCUGUGUCGGCCUGUUUCUAUGGCCAGGCUGUGCUCACUGAGCCUGUAUUUGGUUAGGAUCUGCCUCUGCUUGUUGUCUUUCACCCUGCUCAGGUAUUCAGCCAGGGUGUAGUGUCUUUUUAGGGCCCGAUAGCACUCUAAUUUGCUUUGUGUUUUUGUGUGUGUGUCCCAAUAGGUGAGGUAGUUUUGUUUGUGUUGUGUUAUAAUUUGGUUUGCUCGAAUUGUCUGUGUUGGAGCAGUGCUGUCCUGAGGCUGGUUGGUGUUAGUGUGUGUUAGUGCAGUGAGCUUCAGGACCAGCUGGCUGAGGGGACUCUUCUUUUGGCUCAGUUCUUGGUACUGCAGGGCUUUACUGUGGUAGGAGUUUGGGUUGCUUUGUUUUAGAUGAAGCCAAAAUUUAAUUGCUCUUUUUUGUAUUGAGAUCAAUAAUGGAUAUUGACCUAGUUCUGCCCCGCACGCGUUGUUUGGUGUUUUUCUCUGUAUUUGCAGGAUGUUUUUGCAGAACUCUGUGUGCAGGGCUUCUAUUGGGUGUUUAUCCCAUUUAGUGUAAUCCUGCUCUGUGAGCGGACCCCACACUUCACUGCCAUAGAGGGCAAUGGGUUUGAUAACACUUUCAAAAAUUUUGAGCCAAAUUCUAAUGGGGAGUUUUAUAUAAAGCUUUUUCUUUAUGGAAUAGAAAGCCCUGCGGGCCUUCUCUCUCAGUGCAUUCACUGCCGGGUUAAAGCUACCUGAUGCGCUGAUGUUUAGGCCCAGGUAGGUGUAGUGCAUGCAGUGUUCUAUUGUGGUGUGGUGUAGUGUGAAGAUGUAUCUACUUUCCUGAUAUCUGGGUUUUUUCUGAAAUAUCUUGAUUUUAGUUUUGUUCAUGUUUACUGUCAGGGCCCAGGUCUGACAGUACUGCUCUAGCACUGACAGGCUCUGCUGCAGCCCCUGCUCUGUGGGCAACAGCAGGACCUGGUCAUCUGCGUAGAGUAGGAAUUUAAUUUCAGUAUCAAGCAGAGUGAGGCCAGGGGCUGAAGAUUGCUCCAACACUGUGGCCAAUUCAUUGAUGUAGAUGUUGAACAGUGUUGGACUCAAACUGCACCCCUGUCUCACUCCACGCCCCUGUGAGAAGAAUUGUGUUCUUUUAUUGCCAAUCUUUACACCACAUUUAUUUUCCGUAUACAUUGAUUUAAUUGUGUCAUAGGUUUUACCUCCUACACCACUUUGGAGGAGUUUAUAAAAUAAUCCUUCGUGCCAGAUUGAAUCAAAAGCCUUUUUGAAAUCUAUAAAGCAAGCUAAUAAUUUAUUUUUAUUUUGGUUUACAUGUUUGUCUAUUAGGGUGUGUAGGGUGUAAAUAUGAUCAGUAGUGCGGUGUUUUGGAAGGAAGCCAAUCUGACUCUUACUCAAGACACUGUGUUCGGUAAGGAAGGCCAGUAUCCGGGCGUUAAUGAUACUGCAGAAUACCUUCCCCAGGUUACUGCUCACACAGAUGCCCCGGUAGUUAUUGGGGUCGAAUUUGUCUCCACUCUUAAAGACAGGGGAUAUAAUCCCUUGGUUCCAGAUGUCAGGGAAGUAGCCCACACUUAGUAUCAGGUUAAACAGUUUGCGCAGGGCCUCCUGCAGCUUAGGGCUGCUGUGCUUCAGCAUCUCAUUGGAGACGCUGUCUACCCCGCUGGCUUUCCUAUUCUGGAGGGUCUGCAGUUUCUCUUUAAGUUCCUGCACAGUGAUUGGAGAGUCCAGUGGAUUCUGGUUGUCUUUAAUUGACAAUUCUAGUUUUUUCAGUUUUUCAUAAAUAUUGUUUUGAUCUAAUGGUUGUUCAUUGUGUGUUAUGUUUUGAUAGAGUUUUUCAAAAUGGUUUUUCCAUAUAUUUCCAUUUUGUAUGGCCAAUUCUUCUGGUUUUGAUUUAUUUAGUUUUUUCCAAUGUUCCCAGAAUCGGUUUGAGUUAAUGGACUCCUCGAUUUCUGUCAGUUGCUUGUUGAUGUGGUUAUUUUUUUUUCUGUUUUAGUGUGCGUUUAUAGUAAUUUAGAGUUUCACAGUAGCUGAGGCGUAAAUCUUGGUUGUCUGGUUGUCUAUGUUUUUGAUUUGAUAAUUGCCUAAGUCUUUUCCUUAUAUUUUUACAAUCUUCAUCAAACCAAUUUUCUUCUUUCAGUUUUUUCUUUUGAGUGUUCCGAAUUAUUUUUAGUUUGGAUUUUAAAGCCGCCUGUCUAAAUAUUUCAUUCAGGUUUUCUACAGCUAGAUUUACUCCCAGUUUACUGUGAGUAUGUGGUGCAACCAGAAAGGUGUUUAAUAGUGAUUCUCUCUCUCUCUCCAGUCAUUAUUUCUGUGAAACUGCACACAAAUACCAGUGUUUUAGAAGUGUGCUUCUAAAACAUUGUACGACUCAAAGGCAGGGUAAAUCACUUUUUCAUGCUAAAAAGCCUUACAAUUAACCACAAACUCAUUUUUUUUUUGUUGCAUGGGAACACAUCCGGAAGUCGUACAUUAUGCUAACAAGACUUAAGCAGUGAAAAUCCUGUUUGUGAAUUAACCUCGCGCACCAUUCUACUAUAAGUGAAGACCAUACUCCCCAGUAAUGUUGUUGAAGCUGACACCCUGGGAUCCUUCAAAAAGCUGCUUGAUGAGAUUCUGGGAUCAAUAAGCUACUAACAACCAAACGAGCAAGAUGGGCUGAAUGGCCUCCUCUCGUUUGUAAACUUUCUUAUGUUCUUACACCAAGCAAUCCUAAUGGCAAGCUUCUUUGACCAAUAUUUGAGUUAAGACCAAUAUUUCUAAUUAAGUUGUUUUAUAAUCAAGGUUAUUAAAAACACUUAAGAUACUACAAAUAAUAAACAAUACCCGUGAUUAGUCACCAGAUAGUUGAUUGCUUUGGCUUAGACUUUUCUGUGCCUUAGCAAUGAAAUGCAAUUAAUUGUACGCUAGCCUUAAGCAGCAGCUAUCAUGGAUGCGAGGGGAAAAAAGUGAUGUUUGUACCAAAAUAUGUAUUACAUUAGCACAGCUGUGUUAUUGCUGCGGGCUACCAACAACAUCAGACUUGAGCUUAAUUCACUGAGCAAGAUUUGUUUUAAGAACCUCUUUCUAAGUGUAGUCUAUUGUAGAUAUACUAGUGAUAUUUUAAAAAUGUACUGCACUAAACAUUUUGACUGGAUAUUCUUUAUAUCAUUAACCUAAAUGCUGGUAUUUGAGUUUGAUUGGGAUUGCUGAAGCUUCGGUUAUGUAGGAUAAUGUUGUAAAUUAUAACGAUGCAAUAGUUAUAGGUUGUUUUUGUAUAGACUUUUUUUUCCCAAUGAAUAUCAUUCUCGUAAACCCCCCUUUUUAAUACAUGUGCGUGACACAUCCAAACCCAAUCGCUGGAAAACAUGGAAGCUGAAAAUAAGAGUUUCAAACCGGAAAAAAGGUUUGAAACUCUGUUCUGAUUUUGGCCGGUUUCAACACAAAACCCAGCUGCAAGAGAAAGCGUCCCGCGCAGUUCACAGAGAAGAUAACGGGAUGAAACUAAUUCUGGACCCAUGACCAAAAGACCUUGACUCAUAACCACAGCUGCACAAAGAAAAGCAAAGUGAAAUGUCUGUAUUGUAUUGCUUGCACACAUAGGGCUGUGAAGAAGAUAAGAAUUUACAAAAAAACAUUCUGCGUAAUAAGGGUGUCAGCAGUUUUAAGAGGGGGCUACAAGCCAAUUUAGCAAACAAGUUAGAACCUCCGGUGAAGAGUCCAGAGCCCUGACCACUACUCCACACCGCUGCAUGCUUGUGUAAAUUCAUGUAUUCUAGAACACUCAGGCUUGUGCUUGACAUGAGUGUCUCCUGCAUAAUGUAAUAAAAACCAUUAACCGUGUCAAAGGACUUCACGUUUCUUUAU